CCUUACACAGUAUCACUCAGCAAAAAUGGCCCGCACCAAGCAGACUGCCCGCAAGUCCACCGGCGGCAAGGCGCCCCGCAAGCAGCUGGCCACCAAGGCCGCUCGCAAGACCCCCGCCACCGGCGGUGUGAAGAAGCCUCAUCGCUACCGCCCCGGUACCGUGGCGCUGCGCGAGAUUCGCAAGUACCAGAAGUCCACUGAGCUGCUGAUCCGCAAGCUGCCGUUCCAGCGCCUGGUGCGUGAGAUCGCCCAGGACUUCAAGACCGACCUGCGCUUCCAGAGCCAGGCCGUGCUGGCGCUGCAGGAGGCCGCCGAGGCCUACCUGGUGGGCCUGUUCGAGGACACCAACCUGUGCGCCAUCCACGCCAAGCGUGUCACGAUCAUGCCCAAGGACAUCCAGCUGGCCCGCCGCAUCCGUGGCGAGCGCGCGUAAGCGUGCUGCCGCCUGGGCUGGUCUUCCCCCAACAAAACUCGGUGUUUCUCAACACCACCUUCCACAAGCAACGGUGUCUAUUGGCGUCUGCAUUAAAUGCUUCAUAUGUUUGUAGUGUGUGACGGUGCCAGCGUAAAAAUCCACUGGUGCCGGUGCCACUAGCCCACUGCUGGUGCCGGUUCCGAUGCGACGGUGCCACUAGCCCACUGCGUAACAGCGCAACGCCAAUACACACACAUGCACCUGACGCAAUACCGCCUUCGUCUUACAAGCGUUCUCGAUAUGCGCCAGUGCAAAGCCUGGGACACAUGUGGUAGUAUGUGGUUGAUUACCGUUUCGGAAUUGGUGGCGCAGCGGUUAAGAGGGUUUGGCAUGAGUCUCAGGGGGGCGUGGGUUCUGGACACACAUAGGGCACAUGGAUGUGGGCUCAGGACCGGACCUUCAGGCUUCAGU